AUGGGCACUAAGCGUAAACGCGACGCUGUCUCCACGGACGCCAUGCCGACCGAAGCGACCCGGGAGCUGCAUCGACUGAUCGCUGCAGUACUGAAGAUGCUGCAGUUACCAGCGGACGCGUUUGCAUCGGGUGAAACCGCAGAAGUUGACGUCUCCGACCAAAUUCGCAGUCUUGGACUGGACAAACUCAAGCGGUUGCCCAGGUUGCAGCCGCUAGGAAGCGUUAGCAGCUCGGACUUAGCUCUCAGGCUUUUCUUCAGCUGUAGGAAGGCGGGGGUCGUCACCGUACACGCGAAAUCUGAGUCGACAGUAAACGAGAUUUUGGUCGUCGACAAUCCACAAAAACUGGCGGAGCUGUCUAUCAAUGCGUUCAAGCGAGAGCUGAAACAAGGACAUUAUCGGCAUAUAAUUCGUGUGUGGCUUCCUGAGGAGGAGGACAUUGCGCUGGGCGCGAUGCCCGAUCGGAUUCUAAUGCAGAUUCGCGAGUUCGCCGAGUGCAGUAGUCAUGACGCAGCCGACAAGGCGCUGACGUCUCAACUACCGUUGAAGAUCCUCUUUCGAGACGACUCGGUUAUUGUAGUGGACAAACCUGCCAAUGUACUGAGUGUGGACGGCACCAACUCUGACGCCCCGGUGUCAGUCCAUCGCUGUAUUGCGAGUGUGUAUCCAGAAGCGCGUAUGGUGCAUCGUCUGGACCAGGAGACGUCGGGCUUACUUGUCGUCGCUCUGACCAAGUCCGCAGCACAGAGUUUAAACGCUCAGUUUCGAGAUCGAUCGGUUGAAAAGACAUACGUGGCGCGUGUGCAUGGAUGGAUAAAUGAUCAAGAAGACGGAUCUGAGUCACCGAGGCGCGUACGUCUCCCUAUGGAGAAACACCCGACCCAGCCGCUUGUCCAACAUGUUGUUUCUGACCGUGAAGUUGAUUCAUCAAGCUCGCUCUGGUCAGUCACUGAAUAUUCUGUGCAGUCUCGGACAACUGAUUCUGGUGGGGAUGACACUGAGGAAGAUGCAAAGGCUACGAUGGUAGAACUCAAACCGAUUACCGGCAAAACCCACCAGCUUCGACUGCACAUGCAGCACCUCGGGUAUCCCAUCUUGGGCGACUCACUGUAUUCUCCGGAACUGGUGUAUCACCGUGCUUCGCGCCUUUGUUUGCAUGCUGCCAAGCUGUCAUUCACUCACCCGGUCACGAACGAGCACUUGUGCUUCGAAAGCUCAUGCCCCACCGACUUUUUUGCAACUAAGGAAGACAAAAGCAUCUCGCUCGCCAUCGAUAUCGCCGGGAUCCCAUUGGCGUCAACCCUUGCCUGCACGCCAAGCCCAAGCGGUCUUUUGAUAUCUGAUAACAUCGAAGAUCUACUUGUCGAACGUGAGCUCCAGCAAGCAAAGUCCGGAGAUGACACUGAGCGUCGAAGUAUACCAACAGCGCUCAACAUUUUGAUGUACAUCUUGGCCUUUCUUGCUGAGCUGUGCGCCUCCGUUGCUUCCGUUUGCGCAGAUUUGACGGCGUCAGGUAGUACCUCGACGCCGGAAUCUGCGAUCCAAGUUCCUCCUGCUGGCUGGUCGACAGAGCCAGCAUUCAAGUUUGGCACGCCAACCUUCUUUGGUUCCGGCUGCCCUGCCAACACGGUGACGGUGGUGCCCUCCACGGACGGCCAGGCAGUUUCUGUGCUCUUCUCACAGUUCGCGGCGCGUACGUCUGGCGUCGACGUGACGCGCGACCGGAAAUCAUGUAACCUGGCAGUACCCGUCGACGUCCAAAGCGGCGUUUCCAUCGGCAUCUUCCGCGUGGACUACCGCGGUAAUGCAUUCGUGCCGAAUCAGAGCGGUUCGUACGGACAGUUCGACGCCGAGUACUAUUUCGCUGGACAACGCGGCCCCGUUGCGUCCGAGAAAUACUCUCCAGGCACAGACAAGGACCUAUUCAUCUCGCAUGAGGUUGGUGUGAGUGCUGUCGUGUGGACUCCAUGUGGAGCCUCGACCAACUUCCGAGUCAACAGUGCGAUUACUGCUGUGAAGAAAGCGGGUGGAAAGGAAGACACGCAGAUUGUGAUCGACUCGGUGGACAGCACAGUGCAAGCUGGAUUUCACUACCACAUCACGACUCGGAAGUGCUAG